AUGCUCACCAAUAGCGAUAUCCAGGGCGAUAUGCAGCCUACCGACAUCGGGGAUGCAGGCAGUUACUCGACGACAAGGCGCAAUAUGCUCGACAUCGGCAACAGCUUGUACGGCACAGGCGUCUCGAUGGAUAUCGAGAUACCGAUGAUUGCUGUCAUCGGCUCUCAAAGCACAGGGAAGUCAUCCUUGCUGGAAAAUAUCUGUGGCAUUACCCUACCAAGAGCGAGCGGGACCUGUACAAGGUCUAUGCCCCACCGAAUGUCGCUGUCACGUUCAUCCGACCCUUGGGUGUGUACCGUCAGUCUGCGUCUGCUCACGGACCGGCAGGGGCAGGCCAUCACCGUUCGCACAAUCCGGUUCGGCGACCCGAUCUCCAACCCCGAAGACGUCGCCGAGAGGAUCAAACGCGCCCAGCGCGCCAUCCUGAACCCAAGCACGGAGGCUAGCUCCUUCCUCACCGGUGAAGGUGACGAGACCACGUCCGAGAUUACUGGCCCGGACGUUGUCGAUCUCUCCUUCGUUGACUUACCGGGUUUGAUCGCUAGUGCGGGCAGCGGCAGCACCACCGCGGAUAUAGAUCUAGUCAAGGGGCUCGUCACAGAGUACGCCAAGAAUGAAAGCUGCAUCAUUCUCUUGACCGUUACGUGCGAGACGGAGUUCGAAAAUCAAGGUGCCUACCAGCUUGCGCGCACCUUCGAUCCAGCAGGCAAGCGCACCAUAGGCGUUCUCACUAAACCCGACCGUGCGCCAAGAGGCGACGAGGAGCGAUGGGUCACGCUGCUGAAGAAUGAGUACCCGCAGCUUGCUCUCGACAACGGCUGGUUCAGCGUGAAGCAACCUGACUCCGUACAGCUGUCAGAAGGCAUCACGCGCGCGGACGCGCGACAAGAAGAGAGGCACUUCUUCGCGUCUACGAAGCCUUGGGAUUUGCUGCCUCAGCUCUUUCAGCGACGUCUCGGAACGCUCAACUUGGCGGAACGAUGCAGCGACGUAUUGUCUGGCCUGAUCGCCAAGAGGUAUGUUCGCGCCUUCGUUGACUGUGCACAAGAUGAUCAAGCAACCUCCAGGCUGCCCGAGAUCCAGAAGACCAUUCAGGAGAUGCUGAGGACGACGGAGAGCCAGCUUGGCGAGCUCCCCAAGGAGCCAUCGAAGGAUCCCGUCGGCGAGGUGUACAACCUCGUUAGCAAGUUCUCGAGCGCGUUGACUCAGUACGUCGAAGGCACGCCCGGCGCCGACGGUCUGUUGCAGAUCAUCCGGCCGAAACAGCAAGAGUUCAAGGACGCGAUCCAGAAGACGGCCCCGGACUUCAGGCCCUUCGAGAAGCCAGACGCUGAUGACAUGCAGCUCGCAAAUCUUACCCCGCCGGACUUCUUGUCGAACGAGGAGGUGCCAUCUCUCCCUGAGGACGAUGUCGGCGCUAUCUACAUCGACGAAGUGAUGAACCUCGCUGUCCAGGCCAUCACGCGCGAACUCCCGGACAACAUCCCGUUCGUUGUCACUGAGAUGUUCAUCCACCAAGUCGUUGCUCGCUGGGAGACGCCGGCUAUGCAGCUGUUCGACUAUGUCGAGGAGAUCCUCAACAAGAAGAUCGCGGACUUCGUGCAUGCCGAAUGCAACCAGUAUCCUCAUCUGGAGUUCACCAUCUCGAUCGUGAUCGCCGACUACAUCGCCGACCGUGCGCGGGCUACUAGAGAAUGUCUCCAAUGGCUGGUCGCUCUCGAGGGGCGUCCUCGCACGCUCAACGACCAUUACUUCCGUGACUAUCGCGACAAGUUCCUGGCCUGGUACAGAGGUCAUCGCUCGCAAUACAACAACGUCCCCCUCCUUCACAAGCUGAAGAAGCACAACACGUCGAACGGAUCAUCCGAGUUCGACGAGAACGUCAGGGCGAUCAUGGCAGCGUUCAGCGCGCUCGACAUCCACGACAUCGAGCCCACCGACCUCGCUAAAGUGCUCCCGACCGACCCUUACGAGGCCGCGAUUGGGAUCAUGGCGAGCGUCCGCGCCUACUUCCAAGUCGCGUACAAGCGCUUCGCGGACAACGUCCCGAAUGCCAUCGACCACGAGCUCGUGUUGGGCCUGAACCGCGGGAAGGCACUCGACGCGGUCUUGAGGAAGGAGCUCGGCGUCAGUGGCCCAGAUGGGUACCGCUUGUGCGCGGAGUACUUGCGGGAGGAUGGGAACGUUGCGGCGCGCCGUGAAGAGUUGAGGAACAAACGCGAGCGACUCAACAAGGCAAGGAAAGAGCUGAUGAGGUUGCGCAAGUGA